AUGGAGAGAUCGGUAGGUAGGGUGCCGAGGGCGCGUCUGGCCAAGCCCAGUUUCCUCCACGUGUCUUGCCCUUAUUGGCUGUUUAUUUCGGGUGUAAACAGCCGGAGUUGCCUCAACAACUCCAGAUAUGCUCUCACGCAGCGUUAUUGUCCAAAUCAGAAGGAAGCAAUUGGUUGGUAUAGCAAUUGUAUGCUACGCUACUCAAACCGCUCCAUGUACGGCGUCAUGGAAACUAAGCCUUCUUUCGACAUCCGCAACCCACAAAACGUAUCGUCGUCUGGCGUGGAUGGAUUCAACCAAGAGCUGAGGAAGUUACUGGAGAGCGUAAGAAGAAAAGCUGCAGCAGGCGGUUCUCUUCGCAAGUUUGCGUACGGGAACGCAACCGCUCCAACUUUCCAAACAAUAUUUGCUAUUGCGCAGUGCACGCCAGAAUUAUCAGAGCAAGCCUGCAGUGACAGCUUGGUUGGUGCUUUUGGAGAAAUCCCCCAAUGUUGCAUUGAAAAAGUAGGAGGGAGAGUUUCUAGACCCAGCUGUAACUUCAGAUUCGAGGUUUACCGCUUCAUUGAGCCUAAAACGAUUCUGCAACUGCCAUCGCCGCCGCCAAUAUUAUUUCCUCCUCCGCCAUCAACCAAUAUUACCAUAGUUUCAGGAGGACUAAAGAGUAACACAUCUCGGACUGUCAUCAUUAUUGUCAUGCCAAUCGUUGUUUCUUUGGUACUAAUUAUAUCCAUCGGGAUUUGGCUAAGAGUGCGGCAGACAAAAAAAAAGCUUCAAAGUACAUUAUUUCCAGGUACCUCCACAGACGAAAUUAGAAGUGCAGAGUCGUUGCAAUUCGAUUUUGACACCAUUAGAGUUGCCACAUAUGACUUUUCUGAAGCCAAUAAACUAGGACAGGGCGGAUUUGGUUCUGUUUACAAGGGAAGGUUAUUUAGUGGAGAAGAUAUAGCUGUGAAAAGACUCUCUGUAAAUUCUGAACAAGGAGAUUUAGAAUUUCAAAAUGAAGUUUUGUUAGUGGCCAAGCUUCAACACCGAAACUUAGUUAGGCUCUUGGGUUUUUGCUUGGAAGGAAUUGAACGGCUUCUUAUUUAUGAGUUUGUCCCUAAUGCAAGCCUCGAUCGCACCUUAUUUGACCCAAUCAAGCGCACAAUAUUGGAUUGGGAUAGACGCUACAAAAUUAUAGAAGGCAUUUCUCGAGGGCUCAUUUACCUUCACACAGAUUCUAGGCUUAGAAUUAUUCAUCGUGAUCUUAAAGCAAGUAAUAUCUUGAUCGAUGGGGAAAUGAACCCCAAGAUAUCAGAUUUUGGCAUGGCAAAAUUGUUCCCCCUUGAUCAAACACAAGGCAGAGCCCACUAUUACAAAAAUGGAUAUAUGACUCCAGAGUAUGUGAUGUAUGGACAUUUAUCUAUUAAAUUAGAUGUCUAUAGUUUUGGUGUCUUAGUUUUGGAGAUAGUAAUUGGACAGAAAAAUAGUUGCUUUCGUCAGGGAGAGGAUGUGGAACAUCUUCUAAGCUAUGCAUGGAAAAGUUGGAGGGAAGGGACAGCUUCAAAUCUAAUAGAUCCAACAUUGAGGACUGGUUCAAGAAGUGAAAUAAUGAGAUGCCUCCAUAUUGGGUUAUUAUGUGUGCAGGAAAAUAUAGCUGAUAGGCCAACCAUGGCUUCUAUUGUCCUAAUGCUUAAUAGUUAUUCUCUCACCCUUCUAGUACCCUCACAACCAGCUUUCUUUAUGCAUACUAGUGAUGGAUCUAACGUGUGCGUCACAACCGGGUCGGAUCGAUCCAAGACCAACUCACUUUUUACAGCACCAGAAGAUGAGGUUUCAUUGUUCCUCGUCGAUAGUGAAGAGAGAAGUCUCCUGAACAAAGAAAACACCACGAAGUCUUCUCCUAUAAUUCUGCCAUCACCAGAUAUUUCUUCAUCUAUCAAGGGAGAUUGCUCUUGA